GACUCAUCAGAGCAUACACCACAGCACCAGGUCUCAUUCCUCUUGCCCAAGACGAGGCUUGGCAACUAGCACGUCUUGACCUCGUGCUGCUUCUCUGUGAGCCUUGUUCAUCUUAUCGACAAAGGUCUGCCUAUUCUUUCAACACCCGUGCAUUCACCAAGAGAGCAAUCGCCAGACGCAUCCUUUGAGCCAUGACGACCGCGCCAAAGUCGAUUGCACGCGUCUAUGCGGAUGCCAACACAAAUGCACCCCGCCACUACUGGGAUUAUGAUGAAUUGCAAGUUGCUUGGAGCACGCAAGAAAAUUAUGAGAUUGUACGCAAGAUUGGCCGUGGCAAGUACUCGGAGGUCUUUGAAGGAAUCCACAUUGUCAACAAUGAAAAGUGUGUCAUCAAAGUACUCAAACCCGUCAAGAAGAAGAAGAUCAAGCGGGAAAUCAAGAUUUUGCAAAACUUGGCAGGUGGGCCGAAUGUUGUGUCUUUGCUCGAUAUUGUUCGUGAUCCACGCAGCAAGACACCUUCGCUCAUCUUUGAGCACGUCAACAAUACCGAUUUCCGAGUCUUGUAUGCGACCUUCACGGAUAUGGAUAUUCGGUAUUACAUUCGUGAGCUUCUCAAGGCGCUUGACUUUUGUCAUUCGCGUGGCAUUAUGCAUCGCGACGUUAAACCACACAAUGUUAUGAUUGACCAUCAAAGACGGCGGCUACGGCUCAUUGAUUGGGGUCUUGCAGAGUUCUACCAUCCAGGCACCAAGUACAAUGUGCGUGUUGCAUCACGUUACUUUAAAGGUCCAGAAUUGCUGGUGGAUUUCCAAGACUACGACUACUCCCUCGACAUGUGGAGUUUGGGUGCCAUGUUUGCGAGCAUGAUUUUCAAGAAGGAACCCUUCUUCCACGGCCACGACAACAAUGACCAGCUCGUCAAGAUUGCAAAAGUGUUGGGUACAGAUGAACUGUUUGCCUAUCUCGACAAGUACGACAUUGAACUCGACCAGCACUUUGACAAUAUUCUGCAACGGUUUGAGCGUAAGCCAUGGACGCGAUUUAUUACAAGUGAGAACAAGCAUUGGGUCUCGAAUGAGGCGCUUGACUUUUUGGAUCGAUUACUGCGCUAUGACCACCAGGAGCGGUUGACGCCGAAAGAGGCGAUGCGGCAUCCAUACUUUGCACCAUUGCAGCCCAUGACACCGGGAGCGAGCUAGUGGGUGGCUAGUCGUUUGUUCGGUUUAGGAGAACAAAAGGCAAUGGUCUAGACUUGCUUGUGCGUCAGCUGCAGCAAAGGCAAGCAUGGGCAUGUCUUCGUAUGACUGGGUGCUGCGUUGCAACGUUGUCGUCUUGUUUGAGCAUGUAGUUGCCUUGCGUCCAUACACAAUUCUCCUUGCAUGUGUCUUGCCGUACCUGGCCUCUACUCGCCUAUACUUCUCUCUGACCCCUACACGCCCUCCUGCCUAGU